AUGGCCGACAACGAGGUGAGCGCACACAUCGAACAGCGAAUAGUCAUGAUGUUUCUCGUGAAUGAAGGCAUAAAGUCACCUGAAAUUCACAGAAGACUUCAGGCUCAGUAUGGCCACGAUACACUUAGCCGCAGCAAAGCAUUUGAGUGGUGCAAACUGUCCCGAGACGGCCGUACAUCACUGCAGGAGGAUCCCUGCCGGGGCGGCUCAGAGCCCAGUGUCAGAGUUCCUGAGAGCAUCGAAGUUGUGGAGCGCCUGAUCCUCAAGGACCGACGGAUAACAUGUCUCGAUAUCAAUAGUGCAUAUAGUGCGAUCAAUAGUGCAUAUUACUGCCAGGGUCUCAGGGAUGUGCGUAUGGCGCUGAAGCAAAAGCGUCCGGGCCUCAUCACCAAAGGAGUCCUCCUCCUACAGGACAAUGCACGCCCGCAUAUCGUGCACCUCACGACACGCACCUUACAGGAACUUCGCUGGAAGUUUCUGCCACAUCCCCCUUACAGUCCAGACCUCGCCCCCAGCGAUUUCCAUCUUGGGCCGCUGAAGGCGUUCCUUGGGGGCCGCCACUUCAGCUGCGACGACGAGGCCAAGAAUGCGAUCCGAUCAUGGCUGCUACACGCCGCCCUGGCAAAACCUGACUCAAGUGCUUCCUCCAACGGCGUGCUGGCGCACAUCAGCCAGCUUUUCUACCAGGAUGGCGCCAGCCUCUUUGAGCAUAUCUGCGAGGGAGGCACUGGCGGAUAA